AUUUUUUACCGAAUACCGGAUAUUAGAUUGGCGUUUUUAUCGGCUCCGUGCCUUUUCAUUUCAGUACAGAAAUAGCAUUACAAUCUAAUCACGGCUAAGCAUUGCUGCGGAAUUCUUUUUAAAACGAAAAACGAGAUACGGUCACAAACAUUACAAAUCUUCGGACUGUUCCAAUGUUUUUCUUAAUGAUUAGUCAGUGUGGUUUUAAUUAAGAACUAGUUUAUCAUGAAAUUCUUAUCGACGUUUUUGUUAUCAUCAAUACAAGAGGAUGUGAGCAAUUAAACGGAACGAUAAAUUAAAAUUAAAUUGCCAGCGAGAUCAGUGACAGAAAAUAUCAGGACGCCUGCGUGGUGCGUUUAGAAACAUUAUAAAUAAAGAUAUCUAUUAAUACGUUAUUGGAAGCGAUUCAAUUUUCUGUUACAAUACGUAACAUGUUUAUAUAACGAACUGUGUUAAAGUUAACUGUGCUGUGUUUAUUAAUUUUUAUUAAAUUUUUGUGAAAUUGCAAUGACAGAUGACAUAAAUAAAUUGUAGCAGUUUCAGAACGUUCUCAGUACCACUCCUCAUCGUGUGAGUGUAUACUAUUUUGGGGUUUAAUUAUCGUUUUUUUAAUUUAAUCCAAGAAUUACUGAGCUAAUAACAGUGCCGAUGUACAAAUAACGCACCAAUAUGUGUGACUCACAGUUUUCGGUUAAACAAAUGUGAUAAAACGGUGAUGAUCUAUUGUUUACGUUAUAUGAUACGAUGAACUGACACAAUGUCAGGAGGCAACCAGUCGAAGAACAAGGCGCGCUCGUCGAAGCGCCAGGAGGGGUGGGAGGAAGCAGGAGGCGAGUUCUACCAGGAGUUAUACCCUGGAGGGGAGCAGGAACUCUUCGAUAACCUGCAGAGGGCUGAUGCUGCGAAGCUCGCGACGCUGCUGCCUUCGAAACAGGCGAGGAAUACCACAACAGUAAAGCGCGCCAGGUCCCAGAAUGAGCGGCGGCAGUCGACGUACGCGCGCACCACGCAGAGCCGAGAUAUCCAUCUGUCCAUGCUGCCGGAUUUGUCAGAGAAUUUGUCGAACGAAGAGCGUACGUGGGAAGAGAUCAUGCAGAUCAAGGCGAUGCCCGUUCCUAUGAACCAGAAAAGGGAGUUGAAAGCUAGGUUACAGAACGCAACAAAACUCCGUCUCCAGGGCCUCGAACAAUUCCACUGGCGUCAAAGAAAAGUGUGGCACCGCUUCCGAAUAAGGUUCUCAGAAGUGAUGGGGAAGUUGGAACUCUGGCAAACGCCAAUGAGGGAGAUAGAGGGAAAGUUCGGCACCGGAGUGGUAUCAUACUUCUUGUUCCUACGAUGGCUGUUCUUCCUAAACCUGAUCAUAUCCCUAUUCAUAAUAAUAUUCCUAAUCUUACCAAAGAGUCUUCUAGUCGAAGAGUAUCUGGAGUGUGAUGAAUUAGAACCAAACUCCACCAUUUGUUGUUCCGAAGCUUAUUUUGAAAAGAAUAUGACAGAUUCUAAUGUGUUUUUAGAUGUCAUACAAGGUACAGGGUGGAUGGAACGAACUAUACUGUUCUAUGGAGUGUAUAGUGAUCAAAUAUACAGUUAUUAUGUUAGGAAAUUGUUUGAUGCGGAAAUGUUCUAUAAUAUGCCAAUGGCGUACAUCCUUGUACCCAUAUCCUGGGCGCUAUUAUCUCUCAUAGCUAUAGUUAAGACAGCUGCUAGGGGUUUCAAAGAGAGAUUGGUCGAAAACGAAGGUCAAUUUUAUAAGUAUUGCAACUUAGUUUUUGGUGGGUGGGAUUUCUGUAUACAUAAUGAUAAAUCAGCUAAAAUCAAGCACAAAGCGUUGCAUAAUGAGUUGAAAGGGUGUUUACACGAAGAGAAAUAUAAAGAGGAGAAGCAAUUGAGGAGUAGAGAGAGCCAAAUUCUACUACAUUUGAAACGGAUGUUAAUUAACUUGAUUGUGCUAGUGAUUCUGAUAGCUUCAGGAGUUCUAAUAUAUAUCACGUAUAAUUAUGCUGUAGAUAGACUUAACCAGGAGACGAUUCUAGAAGAUUUAGCUGAGAAUAGGACACAGACAGCUAGGCUAACCCUAGGGUUUACAACAUUAGCUCCUAAAGAAGGCAUGUCGUUUGGCCAACUCGAAAAUACGCUGCUAGAAUUCUUCCCUCUGAUAUGUAUUGUGGUUUUGAACUUGAUAGUGCCAGAAAUCUUCAGCUAUCUAGUCCAAUAUGAAGACUACACUCCCCCCCAUACAAUUUUAAUUACAUUAUUAAGGACUGUUUUAUUGAGAUUGUCUUCUCUGGGCGUGUUGUUAAGUCAAAUGUAUAUAUACGUGUCGUCAAAUGGUCUCGUCUGUGCUUUCACGAACAAAGACGUGGCGAAACUCGAGUGUUGGGAGACGUAUGUAGGGCAACAGUUGUAUAAAUUGAUCUUAACUGAUUUCGCUGUUCAGUUUGUUACUACUUUCUUUAUAAAUCUACCGAGGGCCUUCAUAGCCAGGCAUAGUAACAACAAAUGCUUCAAAAUCAUCGGCGAACAGUACUUCUACCUCCCUAAACACGUUUUGGACAUCGUUUACAUACAAACUAUUAUAUGGAUGGGGGCCUUCUUCUGCCCCUUUCUGCCAAUCAUCGGCACAAUAUUCUAUUUUCUAAUAUUUUACGUCAAAAAGUUCACGUGUCUUAUCAAUUGUACGCCUUCGCCGGUAGUGUAUAAGGCGUCUAAAUCAAAAAGUCUUUUCAUGUCGGUACUACUGCUAGGUUUCGUGAUAUCGAUCGCUCCGGUCGCGUAUUCGAUAGCAGAAGUGCUGCCAUCUGUUAACUGCGGCCCGUUCAGAGGUUACGAUUCGGUGUGGCAUUUCGUCGUGUUGACGUUCGAAGGGUUCCCAUACAUUUUGCGGGAGAUGAUCUUCUUGUUGGGCACUUCGACGUUCGCGGUACCAGCUUUUGCUAUUUUAUUAUUCUUUUUGUAUUAUUAUUGGGCUGUGGCAACGGCGAAUAGGCAUAUGGUGGCAGUUUUGAAAAAUCAGCUGGUGUUAGAGGGUCAUGACAAGCAGUUUUUGUUGAACAGACUUAGUGCGUUCAUAAGGCAACAUCAGAAAAGGUGUGAGAGGCGGAAUAGGGCCAGUUUUGCGGAUGACGAUUCCUCAAUACGGCAAAGUUCGAGAUAGAAUUGAAUGUAAAUAUAGUUUAAGUCGGUGGUUAGGUGUGUCUACUCAAAAUCCCCCAAAUUCAGGGGAGGUUGAAAUUGGUUUUAAGGAUAAUUUACAGUUAAAAAUAUCAAUAAUUUGCAAUAAACAAAUGAAUUAUGAUUACAAUAAGUCACGUGUAUUUUUAAUUGUUAUUUUCAAGGUAUUUCGUAUUGAAGCAUCAACAUAGACAAUUUGAUAAAUUAUGGGGCAAUAAUUUAUUACCCAGGGGCACUAAUUAAAAUAUUUAUAAAAGUCUUCUGCUCAAAUGUUUGCCAAAAAAAUCAAAUUCUAUAUUAGGGGCCUCGAUAAUUACACUACUUUAAAGGGCAAAGUUACACAAUGGUCAACAUUUACAAAAAUUAAAAAUAUUUAUAUAAAUGACGUAUAUUGACGUAGUUAUUUGUACCCCGUCCAUUUCUUUUUGUUAUUUAUUAAAUUUUAUAUAAUAACCAUAUACAUAUUAUCUAUUUCCAUUUAACCUAAAAUUUUAAGUGUUAUUAUUAUUUUUUUUAUUGAUGAAUAUUUUAUUAGUAUUAUAGUCAAUGUCUUUGUCAAUUUUCUUGCCAUUUGAAAAAAAUAAUGUAUAUCGUUAGGCUUUGUGAAUUUAUUUUCUUUGCUAAGAUAUUUUAAAGAAAAAUUAAAUACUAUGGACCUAUGACGUCAUAGACGCAUAAAAAUGUAGCAAAAGGAAAAAAUAUAAAAAAUAAUAUUUUGUUGUACCAGUUAUUAAUCCUGCCUAAAUUGUGCCAAAUUAUUGAUAAAAUCUUUCUAUUGUAUUUGCUGAAAAAAGCAAAAAAUAACAUGAAAGAUAUUUUGGAUUAUUUACCAAUACAAUAUAUUCCUAGAUCUUUUCUCUCCAUUAUACUUUACCACUAACGCAAAGGCCAGAUUGAGCAGAAGUGAAAUGAGCGCAAUAACUUAAAAUACCCGAAUGAGUAGUCUUAAAUUGGUUUUGUGAUAGUUUUAGACUUGUUAUGUCGGCAUAAUUGUGUCUAACUGUCGAGGGGUAAUCACCUCUCGUGAGUGGACAUUCUAUUGGACCCCACUCCACUUACCAUCAAGUGCAGCAGUUAACUUUGUCGUUUACAUAUAAAAAUAGUGGUAUAUUUCCGGUUGACCAACAUUUUGUAACUUUGCCUUUACAAUAGGGGACCGGCCUAUGCUUGAUUUUGUACAUUAUUCUAUAUAUAAUGGUUAAUGAUACGAAAAAGAAGCACCCCUGCGAAAACUGCAUAACAAUUGGUUAAAAAAUGAGCGAGUAAUUCGUAUUUAAAAUAUUGUAAUGUGCAGAAGUGGGCGCGAUGUGGGGAUAUCGCUUCAUCUUUUUUUCGCACGCGUCGUAAUUCCCGAUGACGUCACAUGUGGAUAUUUCGUCUCUUUUCUGUUUCUUGUUAAUUACCCCUUCCACCGAAAUUCAAAGACUUAUAACUUGUUGAUUUUGUACCGGAUUUUAAUAAUUCCUUCUGUGUUAUAAUUUAUAUUAUGUAAAUAUUUGAUAAUAGUAAAGAACGAAAAUGAGUCCGGUACCGUAUUGUCACGCUCAAAAUGACUUCUAAAAUUUUCGAAUAUAAUUUCACCGUUUGCAAUAAGUUAUAGCCAGUUAUUUAUAUUUCUUUAAACUAUAAAAAUUAAGAGAUGCCGUAUCAAACCAUGCCACCUUUUUUCAACUAUGAUGUUAGUAACAAUAGAAUACAUUUUUGAAUUCUUAGUCUUGUAAACUGUCUUUUGAUAUUUUUAUACCACAAUAUCUGACCUAAAACCAAUUUACAUAUACGAUAUAUUUUUUCAAGAUUAACAAUAGCUUAGUAUAUCCCUAUUUGGGUACCGACGUCUUCUCCGAAUAUUCACCAGACUCUAAGAAUUCGAUAAUCUUAUUGUAUUAUAGUAUUUUGUACACUAUAUUCAAAUAACUCCCUAUAUAAAUAUAAACUAUUCCAAAUCUACUUCUUCAGUAAGGAAUGAACGAAAGUCCAAUGAUUCUGGCUCUGAAGUAUAAUACUUUUAUUGCGAAAUUUUUAUUAAUUAUUCUACCAUCGACACAUACGCCUCCUAUCAUAUCAUGGGACGAAGCACAAGACAAAAAGUGGGUGCCUUGGUAGCACCUCCACCUUCUGAUAGGAAAAUAAAGGCGUGAUGUGUGUAUUGAUAUAAUACGAUUUAUUACACUACUAGGACGUCCUGUAACGUCUUACAAUAGAUCCCAAGUUAUUCCACGCUAGAACGUCAAAUGACGUCGUACAAUAGAUCCCGAUUUAUUCCGUACUAGGACGUCAUACAACGUCGUACGGCAGAAGACGUGAUUAUACGUCGUUAUAUUUUUAGCUCAUAUCUUGUGUACAGUGCUGUAAAUGUACAUUCCUCUUAGUAUUUUUUUAUUUUUUACUUCCAUUUUAUUUUAAACGCUCUCUCUUAAUAUAAAUAUACAAAGAUCGAUUUUUCGCCUAUCUUUAUCUCUAUGAUUUUAUAAAAGUAUAAGUGGGCUUGUUUGCGAACUCAUGUUUAUUUCUUGUAUUACAAUUAACUAGAAUAAUCGUGUUUUUAGUUUGCCAAUGCAGAUUUCGAGUUCUAUAUUGUCUCGAAGCCAAUGGGUUGAUUUAAUAGAAGAUUUCCAUGAGAUUCAACAGGUUCAAUACGAUAUUUAACUGUGUACAAAGUAUUAAUUGCUCCAAAAGUAAAAUGAACAAAUGACUUAUCGCUACACUCGUGUUUUUAGAGGUACAUAGUUAUAUGUAAAUCUUAAGAACACGAGCAUAGUAUCAUGCUGGACUUUAAAACUGAGAUUCUGUAUUUAUCCAUGGGCCAGAUGUGCCUAUAGCUACGUACCACACAAUAAUUUAUAGAAGUAUUUCAUUUAGUAAUUAGUUAAUAACAAAUAUCCAACAAUAUUGUGAUAUAUUUAUGUUUUUUGACUACGUACUUUCUUAUUUACUGUUUAUAUCCCAAAUGUCUGAUGUUUAGUUAAUUUAUUGCCCACUUACGAGCGUUGCAAGCCAAAACUCUGUGGUGGAUAAAUGAAACUUGUCAAGUAAGUGGGCAAAAUUUAGUAUUUACGUAAUUCAUAGAAUAAGAUUAUAUCACAAUCAUAGAUAUAUUAUACCCGAUACGAAAAACCAACAGUAUGUAGACUUAUUCAUCAAAUGUUAACGAAACAUUGUAGCCAGUAUAACUUCUGGACAUAAUAAGACUUAACGUCUCUCAGGAUGACGAGCGUAGCGAAAUACCAAACAAUACUAUGUAAUUCAAGGUGUUGGACGGUGUUUCUACUGUUUAUGGGCGGUCGCAUCGCUUAUAAGACGAAUGGCAAGCUCGUCCCGUCAUUAAAAGCAAUGAAAAAAAAGAACGCACAUAAUUGUGCACAUACAUUACCAAUAUUGCUGGUUUUUGGUAAAGUUACCGUAACAAAGUAAUUUAUUUUUAAAUCUAUUUACUAGUUAAUUACCUCGACAUCACCCGAUCUGUUUUAUUUGCCUAUAUUUCCAACUGCAAACGAUUCCUGACUGCCAAUGAUUAGGAGAGCUCGUAUUUUUAACUUUUUGAAAAGGGUUUAUGGUUUUGAUUCCCACGUUUGUAAGAGGAAGGCCCCAAAACUCUUAUAUCCUAGUUAAUUAUUUCUAUACUGUCAUUUUUUCGAAGGGACCUGUUGUUUUGAAUUGAAAAAAAAUCAGAAUUGACUAAAUUAUAAAUGUGAAAAACUAAUUAUUUGUAUGAUAGACUCAUAAAAGCAACUCCAAAAAUAUUAGAUAAAUUUGUAAUUUGAAAUUUUGAGAUAGUUUCAAUUUUAUUAUUGGUGUUUUACUUUAUCCGUUUGUCCGAAGGCUCUCUGUAUAUCGUGUAAAUAUAGCAUUUACUAGUAAAUAAGUAGUAAUUUUUAGGUGAUCUCAAAAUUAUUAAUAUUAUAUAAAAAUAUAUACGUUGUGUUAGUAUAUAAAAUCGAUUUAAAUGUUUUUUACCAUGUUUUUAUUGUAAAUACACUUUGAGGUGUAUUCUAUUAUAAUUUAUAGGCAAAAUAUGUAUAAAAUACCUAAGCUCAAGUUAUGUGAAUGAUACAAAAUUAUUUAGCGACAUCGUCCGUAAAAUAUAGCAAUAAAUAACACAAAAAACAAAUAAAGGUGUCUUACAUGUAUAUCGUAAAAUACUUUUUGAUUUUUUUAAUUUUAAAUGUCCAUACGUGUAAAAUAUAAAUUAAAAACUACGCAAUUAAUAAAAAAGCGUCUUUCUGACUCUUUUUCUAUAUAAUAUGGUCUUCCAAUCUCUUAAAUAUGUUAAUUUUACGGAUGAUAUCUCGACGCUCACGAGCACCGUAGUAUAAAUCGAAGUAACAUUGUAUCAAAGAAGUUCAGCACACUGCCAUACAAAUGUCUAAAGUGUAUACAUCAUUAUAAUAUAUAAAAAUAAAUUAUUGUACACUA